AUGUUGGACAUUUUAGUGAUGGAAACUUACCAAGAACCUAUUGCUUCUUGGCUGAUAAACGAAAAUGCGCUCAAUGUGCUUCUGAAAAAUGCGACAACUGGAAUUGUUUUCAAAUGCCAUCCAAAUUCUAGCCUCUAUUGCGUACCUAUAGAUUUAUGCAUAAACGCCCUAAUAGCAUCAACAUACGAUACUGCACAUAUUCAAGAAAACCUCAAAGUUUACAACUUGGGAACAAAUCAUCCAAAAUUAUCCGAAAUAUUCAAAUGGUAUAUUUCGGAGAACGUGAAGAAUCCUUGGUUAAUCUUCGGUAGUUUAAAAUAUAGGUUUCUGUGUCACAUGAAAGAUUUGGUUCUGGAGAUGAGCGGAAAACGAGGAAUUUAUGUUAAAGAAAUGGAGGUGUUGGAACGUUUUAUAGAGAUCACGCGAGAAUUCGCGUACAAAGAGUUGUACUGUCACAGCGAGAAUCUGGAUGUCCUUUGGAAUGGUCUCAAUCAGAGCGAAAGAGAGUUGCUGUUCUUUAAUUUAAAAGAGAUUGAUUUUGAGAAAUAUGUUAAAGGUUGGUUUAAAUUGAAUAAGGACAAUUUGCUAAAUCCUUUAGAUAUUUGUUCUAACACAACAUUUUUCAUUGUAAGAAGUGGUACAAUGGCUGAAAACAGUCCUAGUCACUUGCUGCAAGGUCUGAGGAAUACUGUAACAGAGAAUCUUUAA